AUGGACGAUAACGUGUCCCAAGGUGACAAGUCGAAUGCAGAGAUGUCGCAGGGCGUUCACGUCGAGCUGAAAAGGGCGCCCGAACCAAAAGCUCGAAAGACCCUAGCCUCCAUCAAGCGGGAACCUUGCGUUCCGAAGCGUCGUGGAGGCGUCGCGGCUCCCACCGUAGCUACGUCAGCAAGGCCACCAAAAGCACCGAAACCGCUCAGAAGAAAGCUCCGUCCGGCAGCCAGGAACAAUGAUUUGGGUGAAGCCUCCUCUGCAGCAAGAGACAGCAAACACAGCAAGCACAUUAUUCCCUUGAACGCUCAUCCCAGCACCGUGGUCAUUCAACCAUGGGAUUCACACGGCGCCGGUCCUCGUAUCGGCUUCUGUGCUAUCAAGGGGCGUGUGCAACUUAUGGAUGAAGACCUCUGCGGUUCUCCAGUUAAGGGAGGCACUUGUGGCAGCAAUGAGGAAAAGCCCCGUCACGUGUUUCCCGUUGCAAGAAGAGCUGCCAUUAGCGUGAACGCAGCUUCUAAAGGCGCAACGGCAACAGCAGUCAAAUCUCGUAAGCUUCGCCCAUCGUGCUUGCCCGUCAAAGGCGUUCCCAUCCAAGAAAGGCUGCUGGAGCCAACUGAAAGAACGACAAGGAGCGUGGGUGCGGGCACCGUACCCACGGUCGUUCGACGAAAAGAGAACAGCGCAAGAAGGCUCUCCAAAUGCGAGAUCGUUGCGCAGUGCACUGCGGGUGACAUGCCGUUGACUGACCCAGACUGCGGAGUUUCACUCCCACGGAUUCGAGCAACAACUGGCAGGCGUAGAAACGACGAGUGUACUUUUAAGUCGCAGCCGUUCAACAAUCGUGAACCACGAGGCAGGUCUUCGGACUAUCGGGCCACCGAAGUAGCUUUUAUGUCACCGCGAUACAAGCAGAAAGAAAAUGAAGUUUACGACAUUUUUUCUCCCAAGUUAGCGGGGCCUUCGUGGAGCACCACAGCGGAAGCCAGCACCUCCUUGGAACGCAACCUGGAGAAUUCGGUACGCGAGGUCCAUGCGCAGCGCGGUGAUGAGAAGAUCGCCAACCUACCUUGUGCCGACUCCUCUGCAAAGGAAACGCCCGCGUCAACGGUCAGUGACAACAGCCUUCUUGAAACGACAGUCUCCGGUAACCUUACGAGAGGUUCCGGCAAUUCUCAACAACUCAAGAAGGAUCUCCUAGUUUUCCACGUCAUCAUUCUUGUUGCUGUCACAGGGGCUGCCGCACUGGCGAUUGCCUUCUACCCAGGAGCAGUGAAAUCGAGCUCUGGAUUUCCCUUAAUUAUCGAGCGUGGUUUUCCUGCUUCGGUCUCUUCGACGACCUCGUCAACGUCAACAAAGCAUCCAAUGGAUGCGCCAGAACACGUCGUACACCGAGAGCCACUGUACGACGUCUGUUCUACAGAGACAUGUCAAAAAGACGGCGCCUACCUUGGCGCCUUAAUUUCCAAAAACAUGGACCCGUGCGACGACUUUUACAAGUUUGUCUGCAGUCGCUGGAAAGGUGCCAAUGGCUCCACUAGCCCUGAUGACGAAUUGGUCCAGAAGCUCGAGAGUGACAUUUACCACGUCCUUUCAUCACCACUGUCUCUCAGCGUUCAAGACUCUGACGUCCUAUCCCCACUCAAGCGUGUAAUGACUGCGUGUAUGAAUGGCGUGAACAGGACCAAUGUUGACCCUGUUCUUGACUUACUGGCAGCCGCUGACCUCGAAGGCUUCCCUUUUACUCCACCUGUGCGCAGCAGUAUUUCGCCAUGGAAGACUGCCGCCAAGGUUUUUCUUCUGACGGGCACAUCGGCGCUUCUUCGACUUGGAGUGGCCUUGCAUCCUUUUGAGCCUGACAUAGACAUAAUCACUGUCGAAGUACCCGAACCCUUGAUUGUAGGCCCUGAAAAAACGACCUCUGCUUACAGAAGACUUAUGCAAGCGUCGAUGAAUGCACUCGGCAAGCGUUUCGUGCCUUCAUCCUACGCCAUGGAGGUAGUCGCGUUCACACAACAGCUUGAUGCAGCAAUCGCUUCUGGAGAGUCGCAGAGCCGAGAUGAACGUUCACAUCGGGUCGUAAAACUGAAGGAAGAGAACGAGCUCCAGGUAUACUUGCUUGAAGUUUUUGGUGACUUGCAGCUUCCUCCGGAGGAAGAAGAUCGCGAUUUGAUGCUCCUUUCGCCCGAUUUUUCAAGAGCUCUCGUGCAUCUAAUACGCAAGACGGAUGUCCACGUCAUUCUCAAUUUUCUUUGCGUGCACGUGCUUGUGAGAUCUUCAGUUUUCGUCUCUAUGGCUGACCAAGAUUUAGAAUGGGCUGUGUCGGCUCAGCUUUUCAACCGUCCAGUCCGGCACGUGCAGCGGUGGAGGCUUUGCGUCCGCGCCGCUGCGCAAGCGCUACCAGACUUGUUCCUUUAUGCUACUCAUCUGGUAGUGAAAACGGCAGACAGUACGAUCAGUGGGCUUCUCGACAACGUGCUAAAGCAAGUGAUUACACAUGUGGAGUCUCUAAUAUUCUUGGACGGCCAAACUCGCGUGUUGGCGAAGAGAAUUCUGUCCGACGUUCGCUUCCUUGUGGGCCUACCACACUGGCUUAGCGACAUGUCUAAACUAUCCUCAUUUGUCGCGAAGCUUCCCUUGUUUAAUAAUCGGAGCAACUUUUUGAAGUGGCUCUCUGAAGUGAACGAAAUGGUACAAACUUCGACACUUCGUCGUAGCUCAAGGGAAUUUUGGCGAGCUUCGCCUUUUGAGACUGAUUGUUGGUAUGAUCUCCAGCUGAAGACUGUGUACAUUCCUGUCUUACUAGCCAACUGGACUCGUUAUAGAGUUGACGAGUUGGGCUACUUGCAGUUACCACGACAAGGUCAUCGUGCGGCUCGAUGCGUACUGAAGAUGCUUUUCGAAGGUGUGUCGUCAUUCUUUAACCGUGAAAUACUCACACGCAGCUUUUGGUCGUCGUCAGCGAAGACAUCACUCCGUCGCGCACAGCUGUGCCUGCAAGAGCAUGCCCGUGUUCCGGCAUCAAUGUCUCUAUCGCUUCUGGAAGACCACACGGCGCUAAAAGUUAUCCAAGAGCUCUACCAAGGAAACGUUCACCUCGUUGGCGCAGCCACGGCAUCCGGGGCAAUUCGUGAUGUUCGCUUGCCAGGUGCUGAAGAUUUUACAGCGGACCACUUGUUUUUUAUUUACUACUCUCUCGACUUCUGUAACAGCGACCUUCGCGAGGAAGAGCUCGAAGAUCGGGCACGCCUUGUGAAUAUCCCUCUUCGAGGCUCACUUAUGUUUCACGAAGUCUAUGGCUGCCGACCUACGUCCAAGAUGGGUCCGUUGGAUAAGUGCACAGCCUGGGUUUCGGCCGCUAAACAAAGUGGUUCCAUGAUAUCCUGAUGUCUUUAAUCUGUUGUUGACGGACAUCACCUUUCGAAUUGUAGUAUGUCGCUUCUUACGCUAAGACCACACGUCAUUAUUCGAAUUUGAAUGCUGCAAGGUCUUGUCGACUUCUUCGUGGUGCGGAGAGCACUAUGAUGGAAGCGCAUGUAUGAUGCGCAGGUGCUAGACAACAUGGCGCAGGCGUACUAUUAACGC